AUGAUUAUGUCUCGUCGCGUUUUUGCUCAAGAAGCUUUAGAUAUUAUCCUUGAUGAUGAUGAUGAUGAUGAUGAUGAUAAUGAUGAUGAAAGUGGAAUUGAAAGUCUGGGUAACCUCUCGGGUGCUGAAUAUAAAAAUAAUGAAAAUGUAGAUUCAAUGUCCAGUUUGUCAUCAACAUCAAUCAGGUCUGUUGAAUAUGACUUAGAAGAGAAAUUUCAUGCUGGAAAGUUUGCAGAUGAGGAAAAAAAUGGAAAUAACAGAAAUGAUGAUGACAUCCUGGCUUGUAAUUUUUGUGAGGAUGAUUCUAAUAGUGGUUCAUGUUUGAUGACAACUGAUAUGGAAAGGCAUAUAUAUGAAUGUAUUGAUUCGGUAAUUGAAAGAAUUUGUGGAGCAUAUAUAAGUGCAGACGGCACUGAGUGGAAUUCUAAGCCUUAUUUGACUGGGAGAAGACAGUCUGUGAAUGUAUUGAGAGCAGCUGGAGGACUGAGUGCUUACGGACGUCGUCAUUGCACCAAUACUGCUCUCUAUUUGGCAGAUUUUCAUGGACAAUUCUCUGAUCGAUAUAAUUGUUGA